UAGACUUCAGAGGGAUAGUUGCACUAUGUGACACUCUAUUUACGAACAUAGGUGGGGCUUUUAAGGAAACUUUAUAGCUUUAGCAUUGUGAAGAGCAGCGGCUAACAAGAGUUUCAGAGGACAUUGUUGCAGAGUCUGCAGACUCUGUGCUUGGAGAUAGCUGGACUUGGUCUAAUCUCUACCAUCUCAAGAUUCUUCUUUUGUGGGAAAAGGUACCGGAAGCUUUUCCAAUUGUCCCAAUCCAGAAGAGACCACUGAAUCUAUCUCACUAUCAUGGGAAAACUGCCAAACAGCACCAUAGAGAUGCUUAAGAACCAAAUGCUGCAGACCACUUUGCCUGCCCUCUACUUGUUCAUCUUCACCAUCAGCAUUCCCCUCAACUCUAUCUCUUUGUGGUUCCUUUGCCGCCACUCAAGGCCUUGGACGCCCACCAUCGUGUUUUCCAUUAACCUGACAAUCACGGACUUACUGUACAGCAUGCUCCUCCCUUUUCAGGUCGUCUACCACUUACGGGGAAAUGACUGGCCCUUUGGACAGGUUCUGUGCCGCAUUGUAACUGUGCUAUUCUAUGCAAACAUGCACUGUUCCAUUUUAACCAUGACGAGCAUCAGCAUCGAGCGCUACCUGGGAAUUGUUCACCCGCUGAAGCACAGGGCUAUGAGACCCAUUAGAACAGCUCUCCUGACAUGCAUCAUCAUUUGGAUAUUUAUUUUACUGCUGCACUUCCCACUCAUGAAGACAGAGCUAACCUUCCGGGUAGAGGAGCUGCAGAUAACCACUUGUUUUGAUAUACUGCCCAAAGCUAUGUUUCCUUCAAGAAAUCAUUUCAUCGCUUAUUUUGGCUCUCAAGUUCUUCUGUGCUUUCUCCUACCUUUGCUAAUAAUGGCAUUCUGCUACACCUUAGUCAUUCGAACUCUUCUUAAUUCCCCUCCCACACAACUAAGGGAAAUUAAGAAGCAGACAAUUUACUUGAUAAUAGUGUUGCUUACAGUCUUUGUAGUGUGUUACGUGCCCAAUAUUGUGAUAUCAAUCAUCCAUUUUGUCUAUAGUACCCAAAAUAAGACUGCGUAUGUGGAAUAUAAGCUGUCUCUGGCUUUGAAUAGCCUUAAUUGUUGCUUCGAUCCACUUGUUUACUUUUUUGGUUCCAAAGAGUUUCGACGAAAGAUACAGAAGAAGCUCUGCAAAUGCAUACCUGAUAUAUUCAAUGAACCUCCCACCAUGCUUUCAGAGCAAGAUGUGCCGAUAACAUCCAGAGAACAUGCACCAAAUAAUUAAAAAAAUGGAUUUGAUCGGGAACAGAUUAUAUUAAUCAUUGCACCAAAUAUUCAUCCAGACAGUUUAGAGGUUGUUCUAUUUUAGAACAUAGAACAUCAAGAGAUACAGAAAAGCACACCAGGCAAUAUAUUGCCACAACUUAUUCUGGAAACAAACCAGGCAUUCAGGAAGGCUCAACGUGCAUGGAAAAAGGCAUAUCUCUUAGCUUGCUAAGAACAAUGCAUUAUGGGACGUAAAUUACUAUAAAUUAGAAACUCAGGAAAUGUGUCAGUGCCUGGUACCUGCACUUCCUUGGAAUGUGUUUCUGGAACAUUUUCUAAAACCUGUUUCCCAGUUCAGCAUUUCUAAAAUAAACAAUUGAUAGCAAUAAAAUAAACACCAUGUUUGUGAGGGGCAGAGGAAUAGCUGAGCCUAAAAUCAUUCACAUCCCUUGAUUUAGGAGUAAGCAAAGACUGGUGAUUAGCAUCUGUAAUAGGGGAAAAGCCAAAAGACAUGCAGAUGAGGUUUAAUCUGGUCAUGCAAAUUUUAUUUCCUCUUUAUCAGUAUUUACUUGACUGGCAUAUUCAGUCUUAAAGCAUAAAACUUACGCUCCUUUUUCACUGACACUGCUUUGACAGGCCAUUUAUAGACAAGGCCCAUUUUACUAUGCAAUGUAUUAUACCUCAUUUAUGUGGCAAGACCCAGCAAAGAAGAGAAGGGAGGGAUAGCUCAGUGGUUUGAGCAUUGGCCUGCUAAACCAAGGGUUGUGAGUUCAAUCCUUGAGGAGGCCACUUAGGGAUCUGGGGCAAAAAUUGGUCCUGCUAGUGAAGGCAGGGGGCUGGACUAGAUGACCUUUCAAGGUCCCUUCCAGUUCUAGGAGAUUGGUAUAUCUUCAAUUAUUACCUUAACCCACCACCAGUGGCCUACUGCACCAAACCUUUCUGGUUUCAGAGACUGGUCUAGAACAGCCUAAGCCUAACCCAAACCCAAACCCAAACCCAAACCCAUGCUGUUGUCAUGCAUUAGCUCUAAGGGUAUGUCUACACUACAGUUAGACCCCUGUGACUGGCCUAUGCCAGCUCAUUUAGGUUCACUGGGCUCAGGCUAAGGGCUAUUUAAUUGUGGUCAGGGCCGGCUCCAGCAUUUUUGCCGCCCCAAGC